GCUAGCUCGCCAGUUCCGGUCACGUUGCUGGGUGUUUACGCCUGGAGCCCGCCCCGGACCCCCCUUCGGCGCCCCGGAGCCCCCCGGAGCCCCGGCCCGACAGCCUCGCAGCCUCGCAGCAGCUGAUGGCGCCGCAGCCCGGGCGGGUGCUGCGGAACCCCGAGCGCAGCUAGCGCGGGGAAGAAGAGCGCCUCCCCCCACCCAGGCUGGCCCGGACCCAGGGCCCCGCUGGCCCGUCGCUCCCUCAGGUCCCGAAGGUGGGGCCCAGGCCUGGUUGCCAUGGAUACCGUGUCCCUGGAGCAUCAGAUCCAGAGUGUGCAACGCCACAUCAGCUUCCUGAAAAAGGAGCAGAUGGCCCUGCUGCGAGACCUGCACCUGGAGAUCCUGAGGCUGCAGAAACGCUGUUCAGAACUGACUCAUGACCUGGAGAUGAGAGAGGCCCAAUCUCACCAGCAAGAGGCGGCGUCCCGGGAGCUGGAGAGCAAGUGCCGCGCUCUGGAGUCGCAGCUGGCGGCGCGGGCGGCCGCCAACGCCGAGCUGCGGCGGGAGGUGGCGCAGCGGGAGGCUCUGGUGUCGGCGCUGCGCUGCAGCCUGCGUGCCGAGGAGCGCCGCUUCCUGGAGGAGCUGCGUCGCCGCAGCCACCGCGCCACCGUGCUGGGCACCGAGCUGCAGAAGCACACCGAGGCGGCCGCCUACCUCUCC